CAUGAGGAGGGCAGCGAGGAGGAGGCAGGCACUGGGGGCAAAACAAGUCCACUCCCAAGCCCCAUGGCUCAGCCCUCUGGGAAACCGGUGGAUACAGUCAGAAGGCCAUGCACAGCAGCUUCAGCGUCUCGUCGAUCAGCAGCAAAGAAUCUCCAGCCGCUGGCCACCUUGCCUCGGAAGAACGGCAUUACCAGGAGGGGCCUUCUCACUUUGCUGGCCUCCACUGCGGCCAUACCUGAGGCCAGUGAAUCGAGGAAGGCUCUACUGCAAGAGUAUCUGAACAAGUCCAAGGAAAACAAAGAAAAGAAUGACAAGGAGAGGCUAGACGACUACUACAAGAGGAAUUACAAGGAUUACUUUGGUCUGAUCGAAGGCCCUGCUAGACAGAAGACAGAGGAAGAACUCACAGAGUCGGAGAAACGGAUUCUCGAAUGGCUUGAUAAGAACAAAUAGUCAGGAUAAUAGGUGUGCCUAAAUUACCAAAGGCUUCUUCGAUUUCUUGCUUGAGUUCUGAGGCUUUCUGGAGAAGCAUGUUUGCUCCUGCUGUAAUUACAUGUGUAUGUCUAUAGACAAAGUAAAGAAUUACGGUAAGUGACCAAUUAAUACCCAACGUAAUACUCUCU